AUGGCCACCAUGACGGUGACGAUGCCACCGGCGUCGAAGAACACCUCAAAGAAGAACGCAAAGCUAGUCCCAGAGAACGAGCGAUUCAUGCGAGCAUGCUCCGACAUUGCAAAUGCGCUCAUUCUGGAUUAUGAGUCUCAGAGAGACUCUUCGAAACCGAAGAGAGAUAUCAAUCUGAACAAGUUGCGGGGUCAAGUAUCGAAGAAGCAUUCCCUAGCCACUCAGCCGCCACUUACGGCCAUUAUUGCGGCCGUUCCAGAACACUACAAGAAAUACAUUUUGCCGAAGCUGAUUGCAAAGCCGAUCCGUACCUCAUCUGGUAUCGCUGUCGUUGCCGUGAUGUGCAAACCCCACCGAUGCCCCCAUAUCGCUUAUACCGGUAACAUCUGCGUCUACUGUCCCGGCGGUCCUGACUCCGAUUUUGAAUACUCCACACAAUCUUAUACCGGAUACGAGCCGACCUCCAUGCGCGCGAUUCGUGCGCGAUACGACCCCUUUGAACAGGCCCGAGGACGAGUUGACCAGAUCAAGUCUAUGGGACACAGUGUGGAUAAGGUUGAAUAUAUCAUUAUGGGUGGAACAUUCAUGUCUCUGCCCGUCGAUUACCGGGAUUCGUUUAUUUCUCAACUACACAAUGCGCUGAGUGGAUACCAAACCGACAAUGUGGAUGAAGCCGUGCAGGCGGGCGAAAUGAGCAAUGUCAAGUGUGUGGGUAUCACAAUCGAGACUCGACCCGACUACUGUCUUGAUACUCACUUGAGCAGCAUGCUUCAAUACGGAUGUACGCGUCUGGAGAUUGGCGUCCAGAGUCUGUAUGAGGAUGUUGCGCGCGAUACCAACCGUGGUCAUACUGUUGCGGCCGUCGCGGAGACCUUCAAGCUUUCCAAGGAUGCCGGUUUCAAAGUUGUCAGCCACAUGAUGCCUGACUUGCCGAAUGUGGGCAUGGAACGCGAUCUGUUCCAGUUCCAGGAAUACUUUGAGAACCCUGACUUCCGUACCGAUGGCCUUAAGAUCUAUCCCACACUCGUCAUCCGAGGCACUGGUCUGUAUGAGCUGUGGCGAACGGGUCGGUAUAAGAACUACACUCCCAACGCCCUGAUUGACCUGGUGGCUCGCAUCAUGGCAUUGGUACCCCCAUGGACUCGUAUCUACCGAGUUCAACGUGAUAUCCCAAUGCCGCUCGUCACUUCCGGUGUCGAGAAUGGUAACCUGCGCGAACUGGCGCUGGCGCGAAUGAAGGACUUCGGAACAACCUGCCGUGAUGUCCGGACUCGUGAAGUCGGUAUCAAUGAAGUUAAGAACAAGAUUCGCCCCUCGCAGAUCGAGUUGAUUCGUCGUGAUUACGCCGCCAACGGCGGCUGGGAAACUUUCUUGGCCUACGAGGAUCCGAAGCAGGAUAUCCUCAUCGGUCUCCUUCGUCUGCGCAAGUGCAGCGAUACCCACACAUUCCGCCCAGAGUUCACCGGCCAGCAAACUAGUAUUGUUCGGGAGCUUCACGUUUACGGAUCCGCGGUGCCUCUUCAUGGACGUGAUGCUCGCAAGUUCCAGCACCGCGGCUUUGGUACACUGCUUAUGGAGGAGGCGGAGCGUAUUGCCCGCGAGGAGCAUGGCAGUCGCAAGAUCAGUGUUAUCUCCGGUGUUGGUGUCCGUAGCUACUACGCCCGCCUUGGUUACACUCUAGACGGUCCUUAUAUGUCCAAGAUGUUGGAUCCUUGGGAGGAUGAGGAGUAA